AUGGCAGAAGAAGAAAAGGUGGAGCAGAUUGUCAGAAUCUCCCUUUACACGCCGCUCAUCUACGUGGCUGUUAUGGUCACCGCAUUCGUCAUCUUUUCGGUCCAAUACAAGCGCCACAGAUUCCAGAAGUUAAUACAAACAGAGUCUCUUUUCGGGCACAACUACACAACAGACUUAUACUUGACCCUCAAGGACAAAUACUAUGACAAGUCAUUGGCCAAAGAUGAACGCCCUCCUGAGAAAGCAGUCAAGGCUGCCUUGUUGAGAAGAGCCGUGGAGGCCAUUCGUAGAUCAUUGAAGUUGAAGGAGAACGAGACCGUGUUCAAUAAGUUGUACCAAGACGGACUCAUUGGAGAUGACAUUUUCAAGCAGUACGAGCUACAGAACAAGAUCCAGCAGGUGGAGUUGAACGAGAUUGUGGCUGAAUGCCAACAGUUCAGCAAAGAGUGGCCGGAGAAGUUUUUCCCUGUUGCGCAAGAGAUUUGUUUCAAUGAAGCUUUGAGAAGAAGACUCAAUUCCAUGGAUGCUCGCGGUGAGAAAUUGGUGGAGAUGUGGAGCUACUACGUUGACCAGACCGAAGCAAAGUAG